CGCGGGCGCAUCGAAGGACACCGGGGCACCCCUGGCGUUGGCGUUGGCAGGCUCGGGCCGCCCCUUGUCCUUUCGAAGCACGAUUCCUGCAGAACAACAUCCACCCGGUUGCUCUCCAUGAAGAACAAAAAGGGAAAGACGGUCGCCAAGGAGAAUUUGCCGUCCAAGGUCUGUGUGGUCUGCAACCGUCCCUUUACCUGGAGAAAAAAAUGGGAACGCGUCUGGGACGAGGUCACGACCUGCAGCAAGAGCUGUAACGCGAAGCGACGGCAAAUGGCAAAACAGCAACAACAAACGCAACGSCUCUGCGGAAGCGARGACGACGACUCCCUUGUCUCCGCCUCUUGUUCGCYSGCCGGCGAGGCCGGAGAGACGGAGCCCCUCGAUCACAAGGCCGCGCUGCGAAARCAGCGCAAGGAGGCCGUCAAGGCCCAGAAGCAGGCCCGAAAGCUCAAGCGCAUGGGCAUAGCCCCAAGGGAGGUGGGGCGCAAGCCGUGCGAUCUCUGCUCGAAACCCGUCGAUCUGCUGGUGAGGUGCACCGUCGACGAGACGCAAACCUACAAGAUGGUCUGCGGGAGGUGCUGGCCGAGGGUGAGCGGGGGCGUCCCCGACGGGGUCUCGGCGACCCACCCGCACUACCGGUACGGCGGGUUGUGGAAAAACCGAAACGCCGACCUGAAGAAAAAGGUCGGGAGCGGAAGGGGUGGGAAGAAGGGAAAGAACAGCGGGAGACCGCCGUCGCCCUUGUCGCUCACGGAAGAAAUCGAGCUGAGUCUUGUUGCUGCCGAGGAGGAAGACGACGAACGGUGARGCGACACGCAACUACCGAGAGGAAGGAUCUAGARUAGCAUAAAGCAUAGUUUUCUUU